AUGAUCUGGACCGCAGCCCUCCUCGUGGUCUUUGUUUCCAGCGCUGAAUCAGAGGACUACUGUUAUGAUGAGCUACACUGUGAUCCGUACGCCUGGGGAGAAUCAUUUCCUUUGUGCCACCCUUUACUUGAACUCCAUCACUCGCCCAUCAACCUGGACCACCGCAUGACCCGGAACGACUCCCUGGGGCCCCUACGCCUGGAGGGAUUCGACGAGAUCCAAACGGGUCACUGGACACUCGAAAACGACGGACACUCCGUUAUUCUGCAGGUCGGCAGCGGCAUGGCGGUGAGCGGCGGGGGUCUUCCAGAUGUGUACUACACCGUCCAGCUGCACUUCCACUGGGGAGGCCCGGCCACCAACGGCUCCGAGCACACGGUGGACGGACGCAGAUACCCGAUGGAGAUGCACAUCGUCAACAUGAAGUCCAUCCAUCCGAACAUGUCCACGGCGUUGGACGACCCAACAGGACUCGCUGUUCUUGGCUUCUUUAUAGAUGUUGUUUAUGCCGACAAUGUCCACUUUGGACACAUAUCUCAAAAACUGUCUUCUGUUGCUCACAAAGGUCAGACUACUAAAGUGAAACCGUUUCCUCUGAUGAGUCUUCUGCCGAAGCACAACAUGAGUCAGUAUUACCGUUAUUACGGCAGCCUCACCACCCCUCCAUGUUCUCAAGCCGUUGUUUGGACUUUAUAUGAGGUUCCCUUCUACAUCUCAUGGUCCCAACUGGCUCAGUUUACCUCCCAGAUCUUCUCCACGGAGGAGGACGCGGAGCAGGUGACGCCUCUGCAGAACAACUUCAGGCACGUCCACCCCACCUUCAGCCGCACCGUCACGGCCUCCAGAGACGCCACGCUCCUCACGGGGACGGCCGCUCAGCCGCUCGGGUCGACGCUGCGUCUGCUCCACAUCGUCGUCGUGCUGGGAGGGUUCGUGUUGAGACUUUAG